ACGCGGGGUAGCUGGUGACGCGGCUUCCUCUGCGCGCGCGCGACGUCCGUUGGGCCCCUUCGCUUCCGCCUCCUCUCUGCCGCGUGUCACUCCGCGCCCGGACUUCUUUUUUUGUCGUCGUUGCAUUUUGAGAGAUGGAGCGAACUUUCUUGGCGGUGAAGCCCGAUGGAGUCCAAAGGGGACUGGUGGGCGAGAUUGUUGGGCGCUUCGAGAAGAAGGGCUUCCACCUCGUGGCACUCAAGAUGAUUCACGCGUCACGUGAGCUGCUGCAGCAGCACUACAUUGACCUCAAGGACCGGCCCUUCUACCCGGGCCUGGUGGAAUACAUGCACUCUGGGCCUGUCGUGGCCAUGGUGUGGCAGGGGGCCAACGCGGUGAAGACGGCGCGGAAGAUGCUGGGUGAGACGAAGCCGGACGACUCGAACCCCGGCACCAUCCGGGGAGACUUUGCUGUGCAAGUGGGACGCAACAUCAUUCACGGCAGCGACUCUGUGGAGAAUGCGGAGAAGGAGAUAGCUCUGUGGUUCACGGCUGAAGAGGUCACCUCCUGGAAGAGCUGCGCUCACGACUGGGUCUACGAAUAGUCAAGACCACUACUACCUACCACCCACUACUCUACCACCCACUACUACCUACCACCCACUACUCUACCACCCACUACCACCCAUCACUAGUACUACUAGCACCCACCACACACACACUGACACUCGCUCACACUGACACACACACACACACUCACUGACACACACACUGACUGACAUACACACACUCACACACACACUCACACACUCACUCACUCACACACACACUCACUGACACACACUCACACACACUCACACACACUCACACACACUCACACACACUCACACACACUCACACACACUCACACACACUCACACACAUUCACACACACUCACACACACUCACACACACUCACACACACUCACACGCACACUCUCACUCACACACACUCACACACACACUCUCACUCACACAUACACUCACUGACAGUGUUCCAUGCUCCCGGCGUAUGCUGUGUUCACCGCCCUCUCUCCCAAGUGAAUAAAGUUGCUCUGACCGACCCUG